AUGUUAGUAUAUUUUACAUUAUUCUUGUAUUUGUCAUUGCUAAUCACACAUGAAUCUAGAUCAACUCGAAAUUGUCGUAUUGAGCAUUUGUGGGUCGAAGUUGGAUCUCAGUUCACCAGAUGCUGGUGCACAUUCUUCACUCAGCUUGAAUGUAUUCACUUGCUUGAUGUCAACAAUGCAUCACAUAUCUGGUCACUCCAUAUACUUUUCCUCAACAAUAUCAAUCAUGAUUGUCAGGUGUUUCGAGAGGAGUGGAAUUGCCACCCAAUAGAUGGCCCAAGUGCUAACAACAAGAGUCCCAAGGAUAUGUGCCUGUUAGGUCAAAUUAAGUUUGGUGUAUACCAAGAUCAUGAAGAUCAUGAAGAGCUUGAGGGACUUGGCCUUGCUGAUGAUGAAGUAAUGGAUAUGGCCGAUGUGAUUGCACGUCAACAGCAAGUACAUAUUAACCAUGAAGCCAUGCACGUACCCUCACUUCGAAAUCCAUUUAGGAGUGAUGAAGACAAGCUAAUCUUUUUCAGUGGUCUUCAUGAGGUAAUUGCUCAGGACAUCACACCAGAGAGUUUUGGGUUGAUGCCAGUGGAGUGGGGCUCGGAUGGAUAUCUGACAAUUGAAUCUAUUCGCAUUGGUUGA